UUGAUUGGUUGAAAUUACCGAAAUACGACUACUUUAACACGAUAUAACUUUUAAAAUAUAAACUUUUCUCAACACCACUAAGAGUAAAAGAUGUUUUAUAUGACACAUUCUACCAGCGUCUGAAGUUUGAAAGUGUUCAGUUACAAAAAAAUAAUUUCUCGAUGUGCCGUUCAAAGGGAAAAGAUCCGAAUACCCUGUCUAGAUAUGAUCUGGAUAACCUGAUGCGAUUUGUCAACAUCCAAGAAAUUCACUUGGUAUCUGUAAUUUGAUCUUAGAACAUAAUGAUGGAUGAAAUGCCGCUUAGCAUAUUUUGCCUAGUGUGCUAAUAAUUUUGCUAGCUGGGCACGAAAGCGGGUUUUCGUUACAUUGCAGCAGGGGAAUCAACUCCGUUUGUUGUAGCUCUCUCUUGCAGAGAAACGUUGGCAGCCAUCGUGACGUAGCAGGAAUGAAAUCUACAUCGUAGUAAAUUGAAACACACAACUUUUGAAUUCUAACCUAUUGGAAAAUAAUAAAGAAUUAAUUAAAGUUGUUUAUCGGACAUUCACAUACUUGUUUACACCUGAAAAUGACUAUGGAGAUUCAAAUAUUCAUCUUCUGUGCCUUGUUUACAGUUUGUUAUGGGUCACAAUGUGAAAAAGUAUACAAAAUUUUUGUUAAAGGAAGAGUCGUGCUUCAAAGAAAUAUAACUCUUCAAACUGAAGAAAUGCCCAAUAUGCAAAGACCUGUUGUCUGGCAAAAUGGGGACCGUAAAUUUGAGUGUGAUCAAACAUGUUACAAAUAUGGCAGAUACGAAGUUUGGCAAUUUGGUAAUAUAUCCACUCUUUUGAUAAAAAAUAUGUCUGACUAUGAUUUAUCUUGGACUUUCAACGACAACAAACCCUGCUAUGCAAGAGUUUCUUUGAAGAAAGAAGGUAAGGAAAUUACUUCUGCUAAUAAUAACAAUAAUAAUUCUUUCUAA